UGCACAUGCAUGCUUACACAUUGCACUGGGCCCUGCUCAGCACUGACCUCCGCCUACACGAGGAUGAGGUAGUUAUCAAUCUAGGAAGGACAGUGUAGUUGAUCGUGGAUCUGACCUGCUGUGCAUUUCUGCUGAACAAUGCUUGACCAGUUGGUGUGGGUUGCUGCUGUUACAGUGCUUGGAGUGCUGGAGCAAGCAUACUUUUCCCUGAAAGUGAUCUACGCUCGACGGAAAUACUCCGUCCCCCCUCCGGCCACCACGGGACACCCCGAUUUUGAGAGAGUCUUCAGAGCACAAGCAAAUUGUUCUGAAUAUUUCCCCUUAUUCGUGAUUACCCUUUGGUUGGCUGGACUUUUCUUUAGCCAAGCUCUGUCUGCUAUGCUUGGGUUCCUGUACAUUUAUGGACGAUAUCAGUACUUCCACGGAUAUGCAGAGUCUGCACAGGGAAGACUGGCCCCUCUGUAUUUCACAGCGAAGGUGCAGUGGGGGCUGAUCGGCUUGUCAGUCUUCGGUGUGCUCUGCAGUAUGAGUCGGCUGCAUUUGGGUGUGGAUCUGCUCGGCUCUCUGUGUGAAGUUCUCGGCCUGAAUCAACUCGAGUGAAUGCAGGCAUCAGAAUAUUCAUUUCACCUUUAAUGAGUCUGUUUAAUAAAGAGUUUUAAUAUGCACUGGAGCUUUUGAUUUUUUUUUUUUUCCCCACACCCCAGAUUUUUUAUUUAUAUUUUUUUAUCUGAUUGUUCCUGUCAGUUUAAAUAAUGAAUAAAUCACUUGGACUGUGAUGUUUUGGAAAAUAAUCAUUGAUUAUUCAGGGGAGUGAUGCAGCCUGACAUGACCGGGAAUUACCUACUUUAUUGUUUUCAAUUUUACGACACCUUCUCCUGAAUUUAUUUUCCUUUUUUAUUCCAGCGCCGCUGAUUUUCUUUAUUGAUUAUUGACUGAACAUGUCAUAUUCUUCUACUUAUUAUUUACAAUACAGCAGAAGUAAACCAUGGUUCUCUGCCAGUCUCUUUAUUUCUCUUUCUUUAUUUUAAGUUAAGGUGAAAAGGCAGCUUGUGAUGUUACCCAGAAGUCCUAAAGACUAGUUUACAGUUACUGCUUUACCUGUGAUGGAUACAAA